AUGGCUGGGCUGCUGGUCACCAUUCCCACCACUCUGGCUUUCAGCAGGUCUUCAACCUUGUUUGAGAUAAAUCUUAAGACUGGACAGGCUAAAGGGGAUGACACUGCUUUUCAUUUCAAGCUCUUCACUGGCAAGAAAGUGGUCAUGAACAGCUUCAGGAAUGGGAAAUGGGAGAAUGAGGAAUCAGCCACAGACAAGCCCUUUACCAAGAGAGCCCCAUUUACUAUGUUUUUUGUGAUAAAACCCGAGGGUUAUGAGGUAUAUGUAAACGGAUCUCAGCACUACAUGUUCAAGCACCGCAUACCCUUGGAGAAAGUGUCUGCAAUUGACGUCCGUGGAGAUGUGACUAUGAAUGCCUUUCAUGUCACUGAAAAAAUUCCCUAUGUGGGUGCAGUCUCUGGUGGGAUAAGACCAGGAAUGGCUGUGUAUUUCCAAGGGAUUGUUCCUCAAGAGGCUAAGCAAUUUGAGAUCAAUCUCAAGAUUGGACAGGCUCCAGGUGAUGACACGGCCUUUCAUUUCAGCCCCCGCAUUGGUGAGAGAGUGGCCCUGAACAGCUUCAGGAACGGUGGAUGGGAAAGUGAGGAAUCAGCCUCAGACAAACCUUUCACCAAGGGAGCACCCUUUAACAUGUUUUUUCUGAUUAAACCUGAGGGCUAUGAGGUAUAUGUAAAUGGCUUUCGACACUGCAUGUUCAAGCACCGCAUACCCUUGGAGAAAGUGUCUGCAAUUGACAUUCGUGGACAUGUGAACAUAAACCUCUUUGGUUUCAUUAAAAACUGGAGCACUUCCUCCUUCUUUAAGGAGCUCGAGACCACGCACCCAGAGAUUUCACAUCCAGUCAGCAAACCUAAAAUGCCCUAUGUAGGCGCAAUCUCUGGUGGGAUCAGACCAGGAAUGGCUUUGUAUUUCCAAGGGACUGUUCCUCAAGAGGCUGAGAAAUUUGAGAUCAAUCUCAAGACCGGACAGGCUCCAGGUGAUGACACGGCCUUUCAUUUCAGCCCCCGCAUUGGUGAGAGAGUGGCCCUGAACAGCUUCAGGAACGGUGGAUGGGAAAGUGAGGAAUCAGCCUCAGACAAACCUUUCACCAAGGGAGCACCCUUUAACAUAACUGGAGCACUUCCUCCUUCUUUAAGGAGCUCGAGACCACGCACCCCAGAGAUUUCACAUCCAGUCAGCAAACCUAAAAUGCCCUAUGUAGGCGCAAUCUCUGGUGGGAUCAGACCAGGAAUGGCUUUGUAUUUCCAAGGGACUGUUCCUCAAGAGGCUGAGAAAUUUGAGAUCAAUCUCAAGACUGGACAGGCUCCAGGUGAUGACACGGCCUUUCAUUUCAGCCCCCGCAUUGGUGAGAGAGUGGCCCUGAACAGCUUCAGGAACGGUGGAUGGGAAAGUGAGGAAUCAGCCUCAGACAAACCUUUCACCAAGGGAGCACCCUUUAACAUGUUUUUUCUGAUUAAACCUGAGGGCUAUGAGGUAUAUGUAAAUGGCUUUCGACACUGCAUGUUCAAGCACCGCAUACUCUUGGAGAAAGUCUCUGCAAUUGACAUUCGUGGAAAUGUGACCAUGAACCUGUUUGGUUUAAUUACCAACUGGAGCACUUCCUCCUUCUUUAAGGAACUCGAGACCACGCACCCCGAGAUUUCACAUCCAGUGAGCAAACCUAAAAUGCCCUAUGUAGGCGCAGUCUCUGGUGGGAUCAGACCAGGAAUGGCUUUGUAUUUCCAAGGGAAUGUUCCUCAAGAGGCUGAGAAAUUUGAGAUCAAUCUCAAGACCGGACAGGCUCCAGGUGAUGACACGGCCUUUCAUUUCAACCCCCGCAUUGGUGAGAGAGUGACCCUGAACAGCUUCAGGAACGGUGGAUGGGAAAGUGAGGAAUCAGCCUCAGACAAACCCUUCACCAAGGGAAAACCCUUCACCAUGUUUUAUGUGAUUAAACCUGAGGGCUAUGAGGUAUAUGUAAAUGGCUUUAAACACUGCAUGUUCAAGCACCGCAUACCCUUGGAGAAAGUGUCUGCAAUUGACAUUCGUGGAAAUGUGACCAUGAACCUGUUUGGUUUCAUUAACAACUGGAGCACUUCUUCCUUCUUCAAGGAACACGAGUCCACUGCACCCUCCAGUGUGUCAACCACGCCUUCAGAGAUUUCACAUCCAGUGAGCAACCCUACAGUUCCCCAUGUGGGCGCAAUCUCUGGUGGAAUAAGACCAGGAAUGGCUUUGUAUUUCCAAGGGACUGUUCCACAAGAGGCUGAGAAAUUUGAGAUCAAUCUCAAGACCGGACAGGCUCCAGGUGAUGACACGGCCUUUCAUUUCAACCCCCGCAUUGGUAAGAGAGUGGCCCUGAACAGCUUCAGGAACGGUGGAUGGGAAAGUGAGGAAUCAGCCUCAGACAAACCCUUCACCAAGGGAAAACCCUUCACCAUGUUUUAUGUGAUUAAACCUGAGGGCUAUGAGGUAUAUGUAAAUGGCUUUAAACACUGCAUGUUCAAGCACCGCAUACCCUUGGAGAAAGUGUCUGCAAUUGACAUUCGUGGAAAUGUGACCAUGAACCUGUUUGGUUUCAUUAACAACUGGAGCACUUCUUCCUUCUUCAAGGAACACGAGUCCACUGCACCCUCCAGUGUGUCAACCACGCCUUCAGAGAUUUCACAUCCAGUGAGCAACCCUACAGUUCCCCAUGUGGGCGCAAUCUCUGGUGGAAUAAGACCAGGAAUGGCUUUGUAUUUCCAAGGGACUGUUCCACAAGAGGCUGAGAAAUUUGAGAUCAAUCUCAAGACCGGACAGGCUUCAGGUGAUGACACGGCCUUUCAUUUCAGCCCCCGCAUUGGUGAGAGAGUGACCCUGAACAGCUUCAGGAGUGGUGGAUGGGAGAUUGAGGAAUUGGCAUCAGACAAACCCUUCACCAAGGGAAAACCCUUCACCAUGUUUUAUGUGAUUAAACCUGAGGGCUAUGAGGUAUAUGUAAAUGGCUUUAAACACUGCAUGUUCAAGCACCGCAUACCCUUGGAGAAAGUGUCUGCAAUUGACAUUCGUGGAAAUGUGACCAUGAACCUGUUUGGUUUAAUUACCAACUGGAGCACUUCCUCCUUCUUUAAGGAACUCGAGACCACGCACCCCGAGAUUUCACAUCCAGUCAGCAAACCUAAAAUGCCCUAUGUAGGCGCAAUCUCUGGUGGGAUCAGACCAGGAAUGGCUUUGUAUUUCCAAGGGACUGUUCCUCAAGAGGCUGAGAAAUUUGAGAUCAAUCUCAAGACCGGACAGGCUCCAGGUGAUGACACGGCCUUUCAUUUCAACCCCCGCAUUGGUGAGAGAGUGACCCUGAACAGCUUCAGGAAUGGUGGAUGGGAGAUUGAGGAAUCGGCAUCAGCCAAACCCUUCACCAAGGGAAAACCCUUCACCAUGUUUUAUGUGAUUAAACCUGAGGGCUAUGAGGUAUAUGUAAAUGGCUUUAAACACUGCAUGUUCAAGCACCGCAUACCCUUGGAGAAAGUCUCUGCAAUUGACAUUCGUGGAAAUGUGACCAUGAACCUGUUUGGUUUCAUUAACAACUGGAGCACUUCUUCCUUCUUCAAGGAACACGAGUCCACUGCACCCUCCAGUGUGUCAACCACGCCUUCAGAGAUUUCACAUCCAGUGAGCAACCCUACAGUUCCCCAUGUGGGCGCAAUCUCUGGUGGAAUAAGACCAGGAAUGGCUUUGUAUUUCCAAGGGACUGUUCCACAAGAGGCUGAGAAAUUUGAGAUCAAUCUCAAGACCGGACAGGCUCCAGGUGAUGACACGGCCUUUCAUUUCAACCCCCGCAUUGGUGAGAGAGUGACCCUGAACAGCUUCAGGAAUGGUGGAUGGGAUAUUGAGGAAUCGGCAUCAGCCAAACCCUUCACCAAGGGAAAACCCUUCACCAUGUUUUAUGUGAUUAAACCUGAGGGCUAUGAGGUAUAUGUAAAUGGCUUUAAACACUGCAUGUUCAAGCACCGCAUACCCUUGGAGAAAGUGUCUGCAAUUGACAUUCGUGGAAAUGUGACCAUGAACCUGUUUGGUUUCAUUAACAACUGGAGCACUUCUUCCUUCUUCAAGGAACACGAGACCACUGCACCCUCCAGUGUGUCAACCACGCCUUCAGAGAUUUCACAUCCAGUGAGCAACCCUACAGUUCCCCAUGUGGGCGCAAUCUCUGGUGGAAUAAGACCAGGAAUGGCUUUGUAUUUCCAAGGGACUGUUCCACAAGAGGCUGAGAAAUUUGAGAUCAAUCUCAAGACCGGACAGGCUCCAGGUGAUGACACCGCCUUUCAUUUCAACCCCCGCAUUGGUGAGAGAGUGACCCUGAACAGCUUCAGGAGUGGUGGAUGGGAGAUUGAGGAAUUGGCAUCAGCCAAACCCUUCACCAAGGGAAAACCCUUCACCAUGUUUUAUGUGAUUAAACCUGAGGGCUAUGAGGUAUAUGUAAAUGGCUUUAAACACUGCAUGUUCAAGCACCGCAUACCCUUGGAGAAAGUGUCUGCAAUUGACAUUCGUGGAAAUGUGACCAUGAACCUGUUUGGUUUCAUUAACAACUGGAGCACUUCUUCCUUCUUCAAGGAACACGAGACCACUGCACCCUCCAGUGUGUCAACCACGCCUUCAGAGAUUUCACAUCCAGUGAGCAACCCUACAAUUCCCCAUGUGGGCGCAAUCUCUGGUGCAAUAAGACCAGGAAUGGCUUUGUAUUUCCAAGGGACUGUUCCACAAGAGGCUGAGAAAUUUGAGAUCAAUCUCAAGACCGGACAGGCUCCAGGUGAUGACACCGCCUUUCAUUUCAACCCCCGCAUUGGUGAGAGAGUGACCCUGAACAGCUUCAGGAGUGGUGGAUGGGAGAUUGAGGAAUUGGCAUCAGCCAAACCCUUCACCAAGGGAAAACCCUUCACCAUGUUUUAUGUGAUUAAACCUGAGGGCUAUGAGGUAUAUGUAAAUGGCUUUAAACACUGCAUGUUCAAGCACCGCAUACCCUUGGAGAAAGUGUCUGCAAUUGACAUUCGUGGAAAUGUGACCAUGAACCUGUUUGGUUUCAUUAACAACUGGAGCACUUCUUCCUUCUUCAAGGAACACGAGACCACUGCACCCUCCAGUGUGUCAACCACGCCUUCAGAGAUUUCACAUCCAGUGAGCAACCCUACAAUUCCCCAUGUGGGCGCAAUCUCUGGUGCAAUAAGACCAGGAAUGGCUUUGUAUUUCCAAGGGACUGUUCCACAAGAGGCUGAGAAAUUUGAGAUCAAUCUCAAGACCGGACAGGCUCCAGGUGAUGACACGGCCUUUCAUUUCAACCCCCGCGUUGGUGAGAGAGUGACCCUGAACAGCUUCAGGAAUGGUGGAUGGGAAAGUGAGGAAACAGCCUCAGACAAACCCUUCACCAAGGGAGCACCCUUCACCAUCAUUUAUGUGAUUAAACCUGAGGGCUAUGAGGUAUAUGUAAAUGGCUUUCGACACUGCAUGUUCAAGCACCGCAUACCCUUGGAGAAAGUGUCUGCAAUUGACAUUCGUGGACAUGUGACCAUGAACCUCCUUGGUUUCAUUAAUAACUGGAGCACUUCUUCCUUCUUCAAGGAACACAAGACCACACACUCAGAGAUUUCUCAUCCAGUCAGCAAACCUAAAAUUCCCUAUGUAGGCGCAAUCUCUGGUGGAAUAAGACCAGGAAUGGCUUUGUAUUUCCAAGGGACUGUUCCUCAAGAGGCUGAGAAAUUUGAGAUCAAUCUUAAGACCGGACAGGCUCCAGGUGAUGACACCGCCUUUCAUUUCAACCCCCGCAUUGGUGAGAGAGUGACCCUGAACAGCUUUAGGAAUGGUGGAUGGGAGAUUGAGGAAUCAGCCUCAGACAAACCCUUCACCAAGGGAGCACCCUUCACCAUCUUUUAUGUGAUUAAACCUGAGGGCUAUGAGGUAUAUGUUAAUGGAUUUCAACACUGCAUGUUCAAGCACCGUAUACCCUUGGAGAAAGUGUCUGCACUUGUCCUUGAUGGUGAUGUCACUAUUAACAUACUCGGUGUGAUUGAAAAAUGGAGCAGUUCUUCCUUCUUUACGGAACAUCAGAUAAUUUCAGAUGUGGAGAGCUCAUCCAGCAGUCUCAUCCAGUUAGAAGUGUCUCACGCAGUUAGCAACCCUGCCAUUCCUUAUGUGGGUACAAUUCCAGAAGGGAUCAAACCAGAUAUGGCCAUAUGCUUCCAAGGGACUGUUCCUGAAAAUGCUAGCCAGUUUUCAGUAAAUUUGAAAACUGGGCCAACUAAGCAGGAUGACAUCGCUUUUCACUUCAAACCCAACAUUGGUCAGAAAGUGACCCUGAACAGCUUCAGGAAUGGCAGCUGGGAGAGCGAGGAAUCCGCUUCUGACAAGCCCUUCACCAAGGGAGCAGCCUUCAAUAUGUUUGUUGUCAUCGGUGCAGAGGGCUAUGAGGUAUAUGUGAAUGGCAUGAAGCACUGCAUGUUCAAGCACCGCAUUCCUGUAGAGAAAGUUUCUAACCUUGAAAUUUGUGGAGAUGUUUCCAUGCACAUCCUUGGUUACAUUGAUAAAUGGAGUAGUUCUUCCUUCUUUACGGAGCAACAGAAAAUGUCAGGUUUUGGAAGCUCAUCCUGGAGCGCGAGUCCUAUCCAGUUAGAAGUGUCACAUCCAGUUAGCAACCCUGCCAUUCCGUAUGUGGGCACUAUUCCAGAAGGGAUCAAACCAGAUAUGGCCAUAUGCUUCCAAGGGACUGUUCCUGAAAAAGCCAGCCAGUUUGCAGUGAAUUUUAAAACUGGACCAUCUAAUCAGGAUGACAUCGCUUUUCAUUUCAAACCCAACAUUGGUCAGAAGGUGAGCUUGAACAGCUUCAGGAAUGGCAGCUGGGAGAGCGAGGAAUCAGCUUCAGACAAGCCCUUCACCAAGGGAGCAGCCUUCAAUAUGUUUGUUGUCAUCGGUGCAGAGGGCUAUGAGGUAUAUGUGAAUGGCAUGAAGCACUGCAUGUUCAAGCACCGCAUUCCUGUAGAGAAAGUUUCUCACCUUGAAAUUUGUGGAGAUGUGUCCAUGCACAUCCUUGGUUACAUUGAUAAAUGGAGUAGUUCUUCCUUCUUUACGGAGCAACAGAAAAUGUCAGGUUUUGGAAGCUCAUCCUGGAGCCCGAGUCCUAUCCAGUUAGAAGUGUCACAUCCAGUUAGCAACCCUGCCAUUCCGUAUGUGGGCACUAUUCCAGAAGGGAUCAAACCAGAUAUGGCCAUAUGCUUCCAAGGGACUGUUCCUGAAAAAGCCAGCCAGUUUGCAGUGAAUUUUAAAACUGGACCAUCUAAUCAGGAUGACAUCGCUUUUCAUUUCAAACCCAACAUUGGUCAGAAGGUGAGCUUGAACAGCUUCAGGAAUGGCAGCUGGGAGAGCGAGGAAUCAGCUUCAGACAAGCCCUUCACCAAGGGAGCAGCCUUCAAUAUGUUUGUUGUCAUCGGUGCAGAGGGCUAUGAGGUGUAUGUGAAUGGCAUGAAGCACUGCAUGUUCAAGCACCGCAUUCCUGUAGAGAAAGUUUCUCACCUUGAAAUUUGUGGAGAUGUGUCCAUGCACAUCUUCGGUUACAUGGAUAAAUGGAGUAGCUCUUCAUUCUUUAUGGAACAACAGGAGAUUUCAUGCAUGGAGAGCUCAUCUUGCAUCCAGCUAGAAGUGUCUUAUCCGGUUAGCAACCCUGCAAUUCCCUAUGUGGGUACGAUUCCGGAAGGCAUCAAACCAAAUAUGGCUGUAUGCUUUCAAGGGACUGUUCCUGCACAAGCCGAUGAGUUUUCUAUAAAUUUCAAAACUGGGCCUUCCGAUGGGGAUGACAUCGCUUUUCACUUCAACCCUCGCAUUGGUGAGAGAGUGGCCCUGAACAGCUUCAGGAAUGGCAGCUGGGAGAGUGAGGAAUCAGCUUUAGACAGGUCCUUCAGCAAGGGAGCACCUUUCAAUAUGUUUGUUGUCAUCACUGCAGAGGGCUAUGAGGUGAAUGUGAAUAGCAUGGAUCUCUGCAUGUUUAAACAUCGCAUACCCUUGGAGAAAGUAUCAGUGCUUAAUAUCUUUGGUAACGUGUCCAUUGACAUGGUUGGUUUUGUUAUGAACUGGAACAAAGAAUUGCUCUUUUCUCAGCAGUCAAUGGACAUAUCUUUUUGAAGUGCCAACCAGCACCACCACUAAGUCUGAGAUGGUCAAGCUGUGAUCAGUGGCCAUAAGAGAAACUGAGACAUACUCUGAUGAUUGCUUUGCGGUAUACAGGGUCUUUGCAUGCCUUUUUUUCUUUCUUAUAAUACUGAACUUUUUACCAAGCUGCCCAAAAACACUCCAAACUUUUCUAAGAUGAACUACACAGAACAGCAGUAUAACUAAUAUGACAGCACAUUACACUUGUGGUACUGUCAUUAAAGUCCAGCAAAUUCCUACACAGUUUUAUGAUCUUUCCACUCAAACACCGUGUUCAACUCAGCAUUUAAAUGUCAAGUUUGAUGGUGUGUUAAGAGCAGGAAAGUCACAUCCAGGGCUGAAGUUCAUCCCCCUCAGUCUAAAUCUCUAUCAUUAUUGAUUUUAAAAUUUUCCUUUAGAACUGCAGUUAUUUUUGAAGUCCUAACCUAAGUUGUAACUUGCAAAAUGCCUGAUA